CCCCUUCUAGUCCCAGCAGUCUAGGCAGUUCAAGCACUUCUCAGCCCGACCGGACGGGCCCGAAUAUCAUCCUAAUCAAGUAAUUCAGCCGUUGAUUAUCUAUAAUUUUGCUACCUCCGAACCCCUCUACUUCAUCAUGAAAUUUCUCAAUGGGACAGGACUUGCCGGAAUGAAACUCGUCUCUAUACGAUCGACGCGCCGAGCACAGCGGCAUAAACGACUCACAGCGAAUCGGAGCUUCAACUGACUGAUUCAUAUGAUUCACUCCGUGCGCGUAGCCCUGUUGCUGAGUGGACACCGCUGCAGGUGGCGUCGUAUCGCGCCCAUCGAUAUUGGAUUCUUCUCAGCCCGCUCCAUGCGGGCGACAAUGCCCGUUUCCGACUGGAUGGGUUCCUCAUCAGACGGUGCACCCUCAAUACCCCACCGACUCGGGGUGUGAUGGAGCUAUUGCGGGGCUCAUCUCUCCUUUGCUCCAUUGGAAGUCACUACUAUGCUAAUCCACCGCCUAGCUCUCGCACUUUGGUCGUUGCGGCAGCACGUGCGGGUACGGGCCGCAUUAACUGAGACAAGAUCGCUGGAGAGGAUCAUAACUGGUUGGCGAUCCUACUCCGAGUUUGUCAAGACAUGAACUCCAAUUGUACCGAGCGAGCGAGCGAACAGCCUUGCUGACAACGCGAUUCGGCGCGAAGAAGAUGCUCCUCCGCAAUCGCCCCCCCGCGACUUGCCCCAGAUCAUCAUAACAUUCCAAGGAAAAUACAGGCGCUUCUUCUUGUAUGCUCCGUUCAGGCAACCGGCUGGCCGAUAUUGUUUGGUGUGGUGCUCUGUUUGCCCCUAGAAACUUUAUAUUGUCAUUUUGAGCCCGAGUUGAGUUGUACAGACAAAGCUCGCCGGCACCCACUAUCAUCUCUCGUCCAACCACUGUUUAUCUUAAGAAGGGCGACAUCCUACUCGUCUUCCUCAGUCGCACAGCACAAUGAACGGCCACGCUACGAAUGUCCCCUGGAGGCAGAAGUUUUACCCCUCUCAAACAUGCGCCGAACAGGUGCUGAACUAUAAGUCGCUGGCGCCACCGGUUGAAGAACCAAGACCGGACCUGCCGCCUUCAAUAAGAGCCGUUCGAAACCCAGACCAGUCAAGCCCGGGCGGCCGUACCAUCAUCAUCUGCCUUGAUGGCACCGGCGACCAGUUCGAUGGCGACAACAGCAAUGUAGUCAAUUUUGUCGCGACAUUGAAGAAAGAUGACCCCAACCAACUCACAUACUAUCAAUCUGGCAUUGGCACCUACGAUGGGCGGGGGCUGAAGAGUGGAAUCUCCGCGCUUAUCGACAUGGCAGUUGGCAGUGGUCUCGGGACUCACGUUAAAGAUGCGUACCGCUUCAUUAUGGAGAACUACCUUGAGGGAGACAAGAUAUGCCUUCUGGGGUUUUCGAGAGGCGCAUAUACCGUGCGCUGCCUUGCCGGUAUGCUGCACAAGGUUGGCCUGCUGCCAAAGCAAAACAGCGCCCAAGUCGCCUUCGCCUAUCGCUUCUACAGGAAUGACACCGCGGAGGGUUGGAAGAUGAGCGCUGAGUUCAAGAAGACAUUCUGCACCAAUGUCCAGGUGCAUUUCGUGGGGUUGUGGGACUGCGUCGCCAGUGUCGGUUUCAUCCCGAGAACGCUACCUUUCAGCAAGACUCCAACAAAUACGAUCCGCCACUUCCGCCAUGCCAUGGCCCUAGAUGAGCACAGGGCUAAAUUCAAAGUAUGCCAGUGGCAACAUCAGGAUGUAGUCGUCGAUCCGGCCAAAAUAACGGUCAAGGUCGAGUCGAGGCCGAAUCGGCCCCGCCAGAUGCCCACGGCUACUUCCAACCCAGAACAACUCACCUCCCUGCAAAACGGUGUUCUGAAGCGGUCAUCGAGCACUCCCGACUUCAAACUCAAGCGAUCGUUGACUUCGCCGAUUGACUUUAUGGGGAAAACACUCAAAGUGGCUCAGGAUGACAAAGACCAGAAACGGAUCCGACUAGAGAAGCAGUUUGAAAAAGACGACCGCUCUGUGCACGAGCAUAUCAAGACUGACACCCUCGAGGUCUGGUUCACAGGCGCCCAUGCCGAUGUUGGUGGGGGCGCAGUACCGAACGAGGAGCGCCAUAUGCUCUCGCGCAUCCCUCUACGCUGGAUGAUCCGACAGUGCUUCGAAUGCGAAACUGGGAUUAUCUUCAACACGGCUCCGCUAGCAGAAACCGGCAUUGACGUUCUGACCGUCUGGCCCAUCUACAAGACGCCGACGAAACCCGUCGUCGGGCCUUCGCCAAUCAUGGUGGGUCAGUACGAGGAGAAGAAGCUCCCUCCUCUCAGACGCCGCUCCACUGCUCUUGGGUUGGAAAAGGAUUACGAGGACAUGGGCAACGACGAAAAACGAGAGAUUAUCGCUAACGACAUCAUGAACGAAGCCGAGAGACUGCAGUACCAAGCAGACAUGCUUCCCGAGCACGUCGAGGACCACUUCGAUGCCAUGGCCGCCAUCAACGACCAGCUCGUGCUAGCGAAGAGUUGGUGGGUUCUCGAGUUCUGGCCUGUCAAGGUGCGUUUACAGAAGAAGCAUACGGAGGAGUGGGAGAAGGUCGUAAGGUGGAACCUGGGCCGGUACAGACCGAUUCGAGAGGAGGAGCCGAAGAUGCAUUGGACGGUGCAGAUGAGGAUGAAUGAUAAGGCUUAUAGGAUUAGGAAUAGGGUGGAUAUCAAUGCGAUUUGGCAGGUCGCUACAUGAGAACUUCCAGGGUGUUUUUUUUGUAUUUGUUGGGGGAGUAACGGAUGCGGACAUAAUAAAAAUACGAGAGAAAUAGUUAAUUCAGUUCGAAAGGUUUGCAUAAUAUAGGAGAGGGUUCUCAAUAUAGUGAGCAUAGAAUAUAAAACUUCAAC